AUGUCUGAUGGGUUUAUACCUAUAGUCGCAAUUUUCUAUGCUGUUUUUCAUCCAACUGAGGGUACAAAAAUAGUACAUCAAUAUCCAAACAAUUCAAUCAAAACCACUUCAUCAAAUAAUUCAAAUCAAGAACAAGACAACAAGAACCUUAAAGAUGACGAUGACGAUGAGGGAUUAUUCAAUUUUGACACUGUAAAGAAUUACAUAAUUCCAAAACCACAACUAUGUAAUCAAUUGAUAUCAUUUAAGAUUAACAAGUUUAAAGUAUUGGGAUAUCCAGUUAAUAUGAAAAAUGAACAUUAUGCAAGAAAUUCAUUUAGUUUCAACUUUUGUUUCGUGUUCAGUUAUGAGAUUGGUGAUGUUACACCAUAUGAACCAGCUAUAAAAAGAAUGGGUCAAAUGUUUCAUGUUUUGGAGGAACAAAAUUUUUUAUUAAGUAAAUUAGAUAAAGAUAAUUCAUUUAUUAAUAAAAACUGUUCCAGAAAUAAAGAUAAUUCCAAUGGUAAUGAUAAGAACAAAAUAAAUUUAGAAAUGUAUACAACAAACCUAAAUAACAUUGAGCAAGAGAUUAUUGAAAAUGAUGCAAGUGUCAAUGCUCCGGGUCAUUCAAAAACGAAACAAAUUUCAUUAUCUUCAAUUGAAUCAUUAAUUCAACAAAUUUAUCAAGAUUUAAAUAACUAUUCUGAAUGUUGUAUUCCUUUAGAUACUUCAAAUUCGGUUGAUAUCAAAUUGUUUCCUAUCUUGCCUGCGCCAAUAAAUUUAAAAGCAUUUCAAGUACCAAUUGCAACUGUUAAAUUAAAAUCUUUAGUUGAUGUGAAUUGGGAUCCUACAAUGAUUAAAAUAUUACCAUACAUUGAUGGAAUAAAUUCAGUCAAAAGAAUAAGUGAGUUAGCAGAUGCAAAUUAUUUAUUAGUUAAACAAUGUAUCCAACAUCUUAUGCACUAUAAAUGUAUCGAAUUGGUUGAUAUUUUUCAAUUUAGUAAUAUUUAUGCACCAACAAACCACAUUGGAGAUUUUUUGAAAAAUGAUGGUAAAAUGGCAGAGCAAUGUCAAGCAUACGUUGUGACGGCAAGUAUUACUGAGACUUUUAGUUCUGCUGGAAAUCCAAUGUCGUCUUCUUCGUUUUCAAAUACACCAAUUAAUAAUUCACCAAAACCAAUUGUUGAAAAUUCAACAUCACCAACUUUCAAUUUUCGCAAGUACUCAUCAAGUAUAUCACCUUAUCUGAAGCAAAACUUUUUAGCGGGUAAUUCAAAAUUAAAUUAUUCAAAUGUCAAAGUUCCAACAAAAACAAGUCUAUUUUAUUUAUAUAGAUCACUAAAUCAGGGUCAAACUAUUAAAGAAUGGUAUAAUCAGCAUCAAAAACUACUAGUCAAUAUAGAUAUACGACGAUUUAUCAAUUUUGGCGUACUAAGAGGAAUUAUAUAUAGGAUUUACUCAUAUCCGGUAUUAAAUUCCAUUACAAGAGCUAUAGAAAGUGGAGAUAUUCUUCAGCAUGAUCAUGUUUUGAACAACUUAAAAAGAAAAAAACUGGCAAAAAUGUCACACACAAAAACCGAAAUCAACUCAAAUCUUUUAAAAACAAAAGUACAUGAGCAAACUUUGAAAACAAGAAGAGUUAGUUUCAAUUAUGAAAAUAAUGAUUUGAGUCAUAGUAAUUCCCCACAAAAGAGAUUAAAUACAAUGAAUGAAGUGAUACUAGAAAAUGAUAGUGACGAAACAGAUGAUGAAGAAGAUGAAUUAGAAGUUGUACCAAUAACAGAACGAAAACCAAGAAAUUCUUCAACAUCAUAUAGAAAUUCAGAAGAAGUUAGUCCUGAUCACGAGAUAAAAAUGUCAGAGGAAGAAGAACAAGAUAUAAUUUAUUUGAUAAAGAUGCUCAAGGGUUUUCAACAUUUUGAUUCUAUAUGUACUGAAUUGCAAAAAUCAAGAACAGAAGUUGAAUUGAUGAUUGAAAGUUUAGGGUCUUUUGGUAUAAUCAAUUGUUAA